CCGUUUUGAAAGAACUAACCAACUUCGUAGAGGAAAACUCCUUUCAGGCGGCACAAAUCUUCAUUUGUAUGACCGCGUUGAUGCACGCAUUCGCGAUCCCUGCAUGGAUUAUCAAUGCAUGGGAGGGAGGAAUGUCAGCAUUUUUCCCGUUCUGUUCAGCCAUUCUCUGCCUCGUUGCCGGGAAAGUUCUUGGAACUGUUCUCGCAUAUUUCGCUUCGAAACUGCUGCUAGGAGAGAAAUUCCAGGGCGAAGAAAACGAUCGCUUGGAAUACUUCAACCAGCUGGUUCGUAAAUAUGAAAACGGGAAGCUUACAAUUUUCCUGACGAGAUUGCAGAUGAACGAUGACGAGUUGUUCCCUCAGACCUUCGUCAACUACGCAGCACCGAUUUGUAACGUGGGACUUCAUUAUCUGCUUCUGUCAAGUACCAUAGCUGCUCUGCCACAGUCGACCCUCACUGUCACGUUGGGAAGACUGUACCCGACAGUGUACGCACUGCAAGACGGUACGGAUAAGUCCUGGGAAAAGGUACCAUUCCAUCUGAUGUUCAUUGCCGGUGUGUUGCGAUGGGUCCCGAACGCCAUUUGUCGUCAGCUGACCCGAGAAUUCUCGAGCGAUUUGCGCUACAAGGAUCGAUCCUGCUGGAGACUGCCCAAGGGCUUUAAAAGCGCCUCUCUGACGAAUGUCGCCGAAUCAGCAAGCACGAUUUUUCGAGCGUGUUCGGAUAAUCCCGGGGCACUGAUGUCGGCAAUUAGGAGUCAAUGUUCGCACUGGUCCAUGACAUCUUUCGUUUAUCCAAGAUGGGCUCCAACCCUGUCAUUGGCGACUUGUGACGAUGAAAGUUCUAGCCAAGAAUCCAACGCUGACUUGAAUGAAGCUUUGAAAUCCCUCGUCAAUGACAGAAAUGACAAGUUGCCUGGCGAUCACCGGCACCUGCUUUUCGAAAACGUUGACCCUAUUUACGAGGAGAAAUACUGUCCCGAGCUGAGGAUGUCAGAUAUGAAAGACAGCGUCACCAGUGUCACCCCAUACUCCAUCGUUGAUAAGGCGGACUCGCUUGGGAUCUUGCUGGACGACGGGAGCGACACCAACAUUUCAACAAGCAAACAACCCGUGUUCUGUGGUCGUCAGCCCAGUCGUAUUGACAACGACGAUGACGAGGAAAAUAAUGAUUUCAAACAAGUGGUGCACCUGUACAGCACUCAAGAAGAUGAUGAUCCGGCGACGGGACGAGUGUGGGAGCAGGGCUCUUGGAAAACUGAAUUGAUGAUGCGAGGAAAGCAGUCUUCGUCUUGUCCGUAUUUCAAUCGUUUGAAGGAGAAGAUGCUUGGGCAGAUGAAACCCGGGAUUCAUAGAUGACGCACUUCCGCGAUUGCAGAAGUUGAACUGCAUAAGCCGCGGCGCGACCUGUAAAAGACCCAUGUCUGCUUCGAUUUUCGUAAUUUAUGUAUGAGUCAAUGAAGAGCUUGACUUCUGAAGCUUUGAUUCCGAA